UUUACAGCUGCAAAGGAGCACAGGGCAAAAAGUCAGAAAAUGUCCGGCGUGGCAUCCACACUCGCCAAGAAGAGAGCCGUGGCGGCUGGCUUUGGGACGAACGCCAAUGCGGUGAAGUACCUGAACCAGAACUUUGAGAGUCUGAGAAGUGAGUGUCUGAGCCGUGGGCAGCUGUUCUGCGACCCAACGUUCCCAGCCGCUCCCGAAUCGCUGGGCUUCAACGAACUCGGUCCACGAUCGCCAAAAACCAGAAGUGUUGUGUGGAAAAGACCCGGGGAACUGACCUCCAAUCCUGAGUUUAUUGUUGGAGGGGCUACAAGAACAGAUAUUUGCCAAGGAGGUUUAGGUGAUUGCUGGCUCUUAGCGGCCAUUGCUUCCUUAACCCUCAAUGAAGACGUUUUUGCUCGUGUCGUACCAUCCAACCAGGGCUUUGGGCAAAACUAUGCUGGAAUUUUCCACUUUCAGUUGUGGCAGUUUGGGGAAUGGGUGGAUGUGGUGGUGGAUGAUCGAUUGGCCACUCGAGAUGGAGAAGUGCUGUUUGUUCAUUCCGCCACAGGCUCUGAGUUCUGGAGCGCCCUGCUGGAGAAGGCCUAUGCUAAAGUGAAUGGAUGUUAUGAAGCUCUGUCUGGAGGUUCCACCACAGAAGGUUUUGAGGAUUUCACUGGUGGGAUUGCAGAAAUGUACGAGUUGAAACACGCCCCGUCCAACAUUUUCCAAAUCAUUAGGAAGGCCCUGGAAUCUGGAGCUCUGUUGGGAUGCUCCAUAGAUAUCACCAAUGCAGCAGACUCUGAGGCCAUCACUUAUCAGAAGCUUGUGAAAGGACAUGCCUACUCUCUUACUGGAGCAAUCGAGGUUAAUUACCAAGGCCGAAAGGAGAAGCUGGUCAGAGUUCGUAAUCCUUGGGGUCAGGUGGAAUGGACGGGGGCCUGGAGUGACAACUCUUCUGAGUGGAAUGCUGUCGAUUCGUCUGAACGUGAGAAUGUGAAAGCAGAAGAUGGAGAGUUCUGGAUGUCCUUCUCAGAUUUUGUGAGGCAAUAUUCUCGCAUAGAGAUCUGCACUCUGACCCCAGAUACACUGACAUCUGACUCUGUCAAUCACUGGAGUGCAUGUAAAUUUGAUGGCACCUGGAGAAGAGGCUCUACGGCUGGUGGCUGCAGGAACCAUCCAUACACCUUCUGGAUGAAUCCUCAGUUUAAGAUCAAAUUGGAGGAGGAAGAUGAUGAUCCUGAUGAUGAUGAAGUGGGCUGCAGUGUUGUGAUUGGCUUGAUCCAAAAGAACCGGCGUAGGCUGAGGAAGUCUGGAGAGGACAUGCACACCAUUGGCUAUGCCAUCUAUGAGGUGCCUCCUCAGUUCCACGGGCAAAAGGACAUUCAUCUGGAUAAGAACUAUUUCCUGACCCAUGCUCAGAAAACUCGAUCAGAGACCUUUAUCAACCUUAGAGAAGUCAGCACCCGCUUCAAACUUCCUCCUGGAGAAUAUCUCAUCGUCCCAUCCACAUUCGAACCGCACAAGAACGGAGACUUCUGUGUGCGUGUGUUCUCUGAGAAACAGUCUGAGAUGCAGGCAAACAUAGAAGAUGAGACAGUGUCUGAAGAUGAGGUUGAUGCUGGCUUUAGGGGACUGUUUACUAAACUUGCAGGAGAUGACAUGGAGAUCUCUGCCACUGAGCUGCGAACAAUUUUCAACAAAAUAGUUGCAAAAAGAACAGAUAUCAAGACAGAUGGUUUCAGUUUGGAAACAUGUAGGGUCAUGGUGAACCUCAUGGAUGAAAGUGGCAAUGGUAAACUAGGGUUAGCUGAGUUUGCCACUAUUUGGAAGAAAAUUCAAAAAUAUCUGGUCAUUUAUAAGAAGAAUGACAUGGAUGGGUCCGGCUGUAUGAGUACACCAGAGAUGCGAAUGGCUUUAAAGGAAGCAGGAUUCUCUCUGAAUGACUGCAUUCAUCAGAAUCUGGCUGCACGCUAUGGAGACGCAGACAUGAAGAUCGACUUUGAUGACUUUGUGUCCUGUGUGAUGCGCCUGGAGAUGAUGUUCAAAGUGUUCAAAAGGAUUGACGUAGACGACAGUGGGUUCAUUGAGUUGGACUUCUUCCAGUGGCUGACGAUUGCUAUGAUUUAAAGACAGAGAGGAAUAUUAUGAAUAGUAUUUUUAUUGUGCUAGUUAACUUACACAGGAGACCAUCAUAUAACUAAAUGCUUAAUUAGUAUAGUGGAACACUUAGAAUUUGUAAAUGUGUCCAUUGUACUUUGCUACAGACAUACAAGCAUAGUUGCCUGUUGUUUUAUUUGUAAUGUACUUUCCUCUUAUUGUGGUGCUUGCAAGGCAUCACUGUUUUGAUUUUUUUCUACUCCAAAUUGUGUGGCUUGUUAAGGAGAAUUGUGCAAUUACUUCAAAUUAUAUUUAAAUAAUACUUUAAAUUAAUCAAUUUUCACCUGAUCAUAUAGACUUAGGGACCAGAUUAUCAUAUCAAACUUGGAUGUGAACAUUUUUGGCCAGUAAGCGACUACAUGACAAUGCACUGGCAAUGAAUCAAGCAUCUUGGUUUUGUAAGCAAGCGCAAGAAAAUGUAAAACCAACAGUAAUAUUACAGACCUAAUGAAAUCGCUUGACAAACUCAGGAUUUUUUUACUUGUUGUGUAAAAAAUUAAAUGUGAUGUAUCAUAGGGGGGGAAACAGCCACAUAAUAACAGCCAAGAACCACGAUUUGCUAUUGAUAAUCUUUGCAGGUGGUAUUAAAAGCCACAAAGCUGUAAUUUUGAUUCAGUGCACAGAAUCUAUUCAAUCUAUUUGUUGUUGUUGUUUGUUUUUGGUGAACUUUAUAUUUUUUUAUGAAAUUUAAUAUUCAAGCCUGAAACCAAGUUUUAUUUCCUUUGCUGCCUUGCAAGCACUGGUGUUUCCAAAUGGCCCAUUUGGAAUUUAUAUGCAUACAAUAUACAGCCUUGUUGCUGUAGAGAAACAAAUAAAGUUAUCUUGUAUUAUUUGUACCAUGAUUUUCCAGUGUGCAUGUUAUUUAGUGGCUAUCAGGGGUGUCGACUUCUUGAGAAUUUCUGUCAGUAAUUUUCGCUACA